CUCGAGCUGCAAAAAAAGGGAGGCGUGUUACACAUAUGGGAGUGCAAGCAUUAAUUCCAAUUCUUCUUGCAUCAGAUAUGGAAGGUUCAUACAGAACAAAGCUAAGACGCUCAAGGGGUCCGGCCUCAAUAUAAUAUUAAGUGCAGCUUUUGCUUAGCAUAAUCGACCACAUCAAUAAUAUCGGCACUGCACUACGACUGAAAUAUCUGUACUGCUCGCUGUAGUGAAAGCGUAGUAAGAUAGCUGCUUUUCGAGACGUGCUCAAGGUGUUUUCCUCCGGGUGUCUGCACAGGGCUGAGUUAUGUCAGCAGCUGCACUUUUGAACUUGGUCAGGUCUGGUGGAUUCCAAGUGAGAAGACGAGUGCUGCUGACCUCCCGAGUUCUGAAAGACGACAAGCGGCUGUUCCGCACCAGCUCCACCCCUGAGCUUAGCUCCUCCAGGUUUGAUCCCGACAGCAGUGGCCGCCCCACCACCUGGGACAACUUCGGCAUCUGGGACAACCGCAUCGACGAGCCCAUUCACCUCCCCUCUAGCAUUAAGUAUGGCAAGCCCAUUCCCAAAGUGAGUCUGUCGAAGGUGGGCUGUGCCUCGCAGAUUGGCAAGCGGCGAGAGAAUGAGGACCGGUUCAAAGUGGCCCAGAUGACUGACGCCAUCCUCUACUUUGCUGUAUUCGAUGGACACGGUGGACCAGCGGCGGCCGACUUCUGUGACAAAUACAUGGAAAAAUACAUUGCGGAUUACUUGGCUGAAGAAGAUAACUUGGAGCUGGUGCUGACCAAAGCAUUCUUGGAAAUAGACAAAGCAUUGGCAGAGCAUAUACACCUAUCUGCGAAUGCCUCUCUGCUGACUGCUGGCACCACAGCGACGGUGGCCCUGCUGCGUGACGGGGUCGAGCUGGUCGUGGCCAGUGUGGGCGACAGCCGGGCCAUGCUGUCCAGGAAGUGGAAGGCCUGCAAGCUGACGGUGGACCACACUCCUGAGCGGAAAGAUGAGAAAGAAAGGAUAAAAAAAAGUGGUGGCUUUGUGGCCUGGAACAGCCUCGGCCAGCCUCAUGUCAAUGGCAGGCUUGCUAUGACACGGAGUAUCGGAGAUUUCGACCUGAAGCGCAACGGAGUCAUUGCUGAGCCUGAGACAAAAAGGAUUAAUCUGCAUCAUUCUUACGACUCUUUCCUGGCGCUGACGACAGACGGGAUCAAUUUCAUCAUGAACAGUCAGGAGAUCUGUGAUGUCAUUAACCAGUGCCAUGAUCCACUUGAAGCUGCUCAGGUGAUCUCUGAACAGGCCCUUCAGUAUGGUUCAGAAGACAACAGCACAAUCAUUGUAAUCCCGUUCGGUGCCUGGGGAAAACACAAGAAUGCCGAUGUCAGCUUCUCAUUCAGCCGCAGCUUUGUCUCCAGUGGAAGAUGGGCAUGAAGACAGUUCCACUGUUGCAACAAACGUGCAAUAUGAUCAGUAUGCAGUGCACCAUAUACACUAAGGAGAAACCACAGUUGGGGCAGUUGACCUUAAAUACAAUUCUAGAAAAAAUAUAUAUUAUUUGCGAACUAUAUUGGUGAGCAGAUACAAUGAGCAAAGGGGACUCAGAGAACAAGGGAACAAAUACAGCAAAAAAUAUUAAGGAAAUGCUUUUAAUAUAUAUUGAAUAAUUUAUUUUCAGAAAUUGUUCCAAAAACAAAGACGACGACACCACAGUCAAAGGAAUUUAAAUGUAUAAAUUAUGUUGAUUUUAAUAUUCAAAAAAGAACCUGACGCAAGCUAAACCCUUUUAACAAAAAGGUUCUUGGCUGAUUUUUACCAGAAGCUAAAUAUAAAGAUUAACCUAAAGUUCACUUAACAAGCAGAUUCUUCUCAUAACAAAAGCCUACUUCCCAGUGCACCAAGUAUUCUAUAUGGGAAGAUUUGUAUGUGCAGUGCAGUACCUCCGCAAGUAUUUUUUACUAUGCCAGUUAUGUCAUGCCCUGAGUUGUAUUGAAACCAGUGGUGUCUAUGUACCCAGUUCAGCUGAGUCUGUGCCUCAAUUAUUUAUCUAAAGACUGAAGUUAUUCUUCAAGCACUGUUUUCUUUAUUGACUAUUGAAAUGGAGCUGGUCUAAAAUAGAGGAAAUACAGGGUUUAAUAAAGAAUUCACCAGAAGGUUUUUAAAAUGUACAUUAAAAAUAUUCAAAUAUUAUUUUAAAAAGGUCAAAAAUGAGUUUGUGAAAUCUCAAGUGCUUUGCAUACAGAUCACUCAUAUUUGUGUAAUAAUAAUGUAUAUAUUGAUAUUUAUAUUUUUUGUCACUAGGCAAAAAUUGCUGCUGUUUUAGAUUUAUUUCUGUAAAUAUAUUUCUUCUAAAUGGUAAGCUGCUUUGAAGUAAGAGGUUUUCAAUUUGCAAAGGUUGUGCUAGCACAGUAUGGCCGUGAUAUCAUUAACCUGGUAUACCUGAAAUGGCUUUGGUUCUAACUGUGUUCAAGCAGGUUUCGUGAUGUCUAGCAUUACUGCAGCUGUGGUCACAGGUUGAACAGUGUGUAAGUCAUAAGCCCAAGAACAAAAACACGCCUACUGGUUAAAAGCAAACGCUUGUCUGUUACAGACUGGGAAAUAUGGAAAUAAUUUAGGCUGUAGGAGCUUAAUACAGUACCUUUUGUCGUGAAGCUGGAACAAAAUGUGCUCCUCUCGUAUUUCACAUCUGAGAUGAAAGAGACUCUUUCCAGAUCGCUCUAGUUUCAUCAAUUGCGUUGUAAUGUAUAAUUAUUUUAGCAAUCUGUAAAUACAGAAAUGUGAUUGAAUUGUUAAAUCAGUUUUCAAAUGUGUGCAUUGUCUUAAAAGGAAAAGUCACUAAUAACAUAUUUUUUGGCUUUACAUAGCACAAUCCUAAUCUCUUCUUCCUAGUUGUGGACCCUGAAAAGAUGGUUAGGGGAUAGUUAGGACGUUUAAAACUGCUAUUAAAAAAGCAAUAGCUUUUGGGGAAAAAAAAAAACACAUUUCAGAUUCUUCUGGAUGCUAAAUGUGAUUGUGAUUCUAGCCAGUAUCAAAAGUUUGAACAGAAAGCAUUCAUUUAUUGGGAGCUUUGUUAAAAUCGCAUUUCUAUAUUUUCACAAAUUCCUCAAUCACAAGAAUGCCCUUUGGGUAAUUUGUUGCACACUUCAUUAAAUUACACAAGCAUGGAAAGAAACGCACACACACAAAAAAGCACAAUUAAACAAUCAUUUUUUACAUUACAAACCUCACUACUCAUAUCGUCCAAUUGGGACAGAAGAGUGCAGAGGUCAGACGCUCUUAAGAUGAGAAUCUUAAAACUCUCAAAAGCAAAUAAAGCAAUGUAGUCCUAUACAAAGAAAUUGCUUCUCCGGUCCACUGCGUCCGGUAUAACCGCAUGUGGUUACACAUGUUUCAGAUCCUGUGUGGGAAUCCCUUUGCACAUUUUGAAUUUGUGGCCAACCUAUGUUGAGGCUUUAAAACUCUAAUAAUGUCAUAAGGGCAGGACCAUUUUAACAAAUCUGUGCAGAAGUUGCACCUCUUUUUUUAAGGCUAUAGGUUCUAAUUGCAUGUUGGGUUACUACUCUCGUCCCCUAGCAAUCAUAAAACAUAACAUAAAACAGACCAGUCAAAAGGAUAAAUACUAUACUUUGAUAUUGUAAUUAUAUUUUAUUAUACUGUAUGUAACAAUAAAAAAACUGCCAAGUCUUCCCUUAAAAUGUGGAUUAUGUUGAUUGUAAUAACCUUUCUGAGUUUGAUUUUCAACCUUAGCAGAACUGCAUGUCUGUACAUACUAGACUAAGUGUGCUUGUGCCUUUUAAGAUGUGAAGCUAUAUAAUUACAAUUAAGUAAGUAACCAAGAUUUGUUGCUGAUUAAUUUGUAACAUCCAGUUUUCAGUGUCUGAUGGUGGAGGUGUCACAGAAUGGCGUGCUUGAUAAUGUUGUUGUUGCACAAGAUUUUCCACUUAGUGCUGGCUAUUCUGAGCAUAACAGUGAGGUGACAUGGGCCACGGUGGCGUUCUGUACCGAAGGUAUGCCUUCGCUAGGGGAAUUGUGAAAAAAAAACUAAGAAAUGUGUGUAUUGUUAUAAAUGAUCUUAAAAUAAAGUUUUUUUAGGCACA